AUGAUUAAACAAAAUAAUGAAACUAGAUUUUCAGUCGAUGGUCAAUCUCCUCCAUGUCGUUUGUCUAAUCAAUCGUGUUCAUUUAUUUAUCAAUUACCAGAUGUUGUUCUACAACGAAAACGAAAUCAAAAAAUGCCAUAUGCUGAAACAUUUCAUGGAAUUAUACUUUUUGCUGAUGUAUCAGGUUUUACAGAAAUGUGUCAAAAAUAUAGUAGUGAUGUUCAACGCGGAGUUAAUCAACUGGCAAAUGCCUUAAAUGGUUAUAUGGCACCUAUUGUUGAAGCUAUAUUAAAAGAAAAAGGAGAUGUUUAUAAAUUUGCUGGUGAUGCUGUACUUGGUUUAUGGCCAUUUGAAAAUAAUUCUAUUGAACAUCAACGUGAACAAGCUAAAAGAGUUAUAUCAUGUGCUUUAUAUAUGAAAAAAUCAUUUUGUAAUUAUAUGACACCAAUAGGAACAAUUUUAAAUAUAAAAAGUGCUAUUGCAUUGGGUUCUUAUUCAAUUAUAUUUCUUCGUGGAACAACCCCAGCUUGUUCAAAAAUUCUUGAUGAAUAUGAAAUAAAAAUGCAAUCAUCAAUAGGAAAUGUAAAUUUUCCUUCUCAAACAACAAAAAUAGCCAAUUCAACGAAUUAUAUUAGUAAAACAGGAUUAAAUCAAGAAACAAUUGAACAUUGUAAAACUAAUCUUAUUAACUACUAUGUUUGUUAUGGUAGUGCCGUUGUUAGUGUUAGAAAUGCUGAACAUCAGUGUAAAUCUCAAGAUGUUAUUGUAGAUAUGGCAACGUGGUUAUUACUUGAUUCAGAUUCAGAAUAUAUUCACGAAAAAUUUACUGCUGAACAUACUCAUGAAGAUGAUGAAGUUUUAUCACGUUCUUCUAAUCAUCAACAUGAAAUAAUUGGUCAAGGUCUAUCAAAUACACUAACAGCAACAAUUAGUAAACGUCUUACACCACCAAAUAAAAAUCGUGAAAUUCUUUCAAUACGAAAAAUAAUUUCUCACUAUAUUCGACUUCAUGGUCGUCGAAAUGAUAUAUUACCAGAGAAGGAUUCUCCUGAUAAUCAUUCAGUAAUGUCUGCUGAUUCAAUUGAAUUAAAUAGUAGUAAUGAAAUAUUUAAAAAACCUACAACAUUACAUCAAUACAAUCCUAUAAAAGAUUUAAUUAACAAACAGAAUACAUUAAAAACUUCAAUAUUAGAAAUAGGUAGUACAGAUGUUAAAGAUCUUUUAUCAGUUUUACCAGCAACAAUUAAAAAACAAGGACGAAUGAUAAGAAGAAAUGAUUUAACGGAAGAACAAUCAAUAAAACUUCGUCCGAGUGCAUUUUUAAAUGUUGAACAAUAUGAUACAUUUGAUUUAAGUACAUUUAUUAUAAAACCUAUACGUAAUCAAGAAUCUCUUGAACAAUUAUCUGAACUUCGUCUUAUCAAUAUUUGUUUUAUAAAUAUUAUUUUAACUGAUUAUAAAAUUAAACAAUUACCAUUUAAAUUACAAACAGUUGUUGAUUGUUGUGCUGAACAAAUUUCAAUAACAAAUGGUUUAUUAAUAAAAGUUUUUAUGUUUGAUAAAGGUCUUAGUCUUUUAUGUGCUUUUGGUAUGCCUGGAUACAAACAUUCAGAUGAUGCAGAACGAGCAUUAAAAUUUGGUUUUCUUAUUACCCAAAGAUUAGAAAAAUUCAAUUUUGUAGCAAGAGUUAGUGCUGGAGUUUCUACAGGACAAACAUUUUGUGGUGUGUUAGGACAUCCACUUCGAUGUGAAUAUACUGUUAUCGGUAGAAAAGUGAAUAUGGCUGCUCGUUUAAUGGUUAAUUAUCCUGGUAUAGUAUCAUGUGAUGAUGAAACUUAUCAUAAAGCUCAUCUUGAAGAACGUUAUUUUGAACUCCUUCCAACAGUACCAUUAAAAGGUCUUACUGUAUCGACAAGUAUGCGUCGUUAUAAAGGACAAGAUGAUGAUCAAAAUAAUAUGAGUGUAUUUGUAUUUCCAAUGAUAAAUCGUGAAGAUGAAUGGAAUACAAUAUUAGAAUAUCUUGAACAAGUUAUUAAACAUUGUUGUACAACAAUCUAUUGUAUAUUUUUAACUGGUUCAACAGGUGUUGGUCGUUCACGUUUACUUGCACAUGUAAAUGAAGAAUUAAUGUAUGAUACACAAAAUAUACGUCGUGUUUCAUAUAAUGCUAGUUUUGAACAUGUACAAUUAUUUGGUUAUACACUUAAACAAUUAUUUAAAAAAUUAUUAUAUACAGAAUUAUAUGAAUCUGAUGCAUUGUUAAAAGUAUUAAAAUCACUUUUACCCAAUCAUGAAAAAUAUUUAUAUUUAUUAAGACCUUAUUUUGAUAAACUUAAUGUUGAUAUUGAUAAGUUAAAUAAUAAAUUAAAAAGAAAAAUACUUGAAGAAAUUCUUCAUGAACUUAUUAUGAAUGCAACUAAUCCAACUUAUGAAAUAUUUAAUUAUCAAUCACAACCAACAAUUUUUAUUAUUGAUGAUGCGCAAUACAUCGAUAGAGAAUCUUGGCAAUAUCUACAUCUCCUUGGUUCAGCUCCAACAUCACUUGUUAUUAUGGCAAUGAGAGAUCCAACAUUACAUGAUGAUGAACUUCAUACAUCUAUGAUUACUCUUCGAGAUUCAAUAACAACAAAACAUAUUCAACUUAUCGGUUUAGAUAAUCGUUAUUUAUCUACACUUGCAUGUCAAGCAAUGUUUGUACAACGAAUACCAAAAGAUCUUGAAAUAUUAAUUACACGAAAAUCUGAUAAAGGUCAUCCACAAAAUGUUGUUCAAUUAUUAUCAGAUUUAUUAUCAAAUCAAAUUAUAAGAAUUGAAACAAUUACGAAUGAUGAUAAUUUAAAUGAUGGAUAUAUUGAAGGUAUACAAAAAUAUUUAUGGAAACGUGUUGCACAACAUGAUCCAUCAACAGGAAAUGUUAAAAUCAUAUUUGAAUAUGUUGAACCACAAUUAUGUCGAAUAUGUGAUCCUGAUAGAAAUAAAUUUUGGACGUAUACAACUGUUAUUGAAAAUAUUGAUGCUCAUGUUAAAAUUGAUAAAUUAAGAGAUUUUGAAAAACGUAUUGCUAAAAUAAGUUCAUUAUUUACGAAAAAUAUAUCUAAAAGAAUUAUUGUUCACGCAAUUACAAAUUAUGAUAUAUAUACAAACGAUAUAUUAUCAGUACAUCAACAUCAAUUAAAUAAUAAUAAACAUCAUACACAUGGGUUAAAUGCAGAUUUAUUAAAAAUUAACAGUGCUUUUUCUCAAUUGUACCGUGCACAAAUAUUCGUAUGUGCUUGGCUUGAUUUUGAAGCACGAAGAAAUCCUACUAUAGCGAGAUUAUUACAAGAAAAAAAUAUGACACCUAUAUGUUAUUGCCCAGAAAAUACAACAAAACAAAUAGAAAAUUGUCGUAUGUAUACUUUUAAAGAUCCAACAUUAAAGGAAGCAACGCUUGCAACAAUAAUUGAUCAAUUUCAACAUGAUUAUUCAUCAAAAAUGGCAUUGUUUAUUGAAUCAAAAAUUCAUCUAUGUAAAUCUUGUGGUGGUGAUUCAGAUUCUUUAAUUUUUUUAACACCUGUACAAAGUAUGAAAUUAGGAAUGUCGAUAUUAGAUACAUUUCAUGAAAGAAAAUUAAAACAAUUAAAUCAGCGUUUACAAAAUAUGAUUCUAAAUCAUUUUUCUGUUUCGCAAACACAAUCUACAUCAAAUAAUCAAGAUGAUGAUCAGCAUCAAAUAUCAGAUAGAAAAUCAUUAUUAGAUGAGAAAAAUUUAAUACAAAUUUUUUAUCAAAAUUUUUAUCAACAAGAUUUCAAUGAUAAAGAAAAAUAUUUUCAAGAAUUACGAAAUAAAAUAAAACAAGUUAAUUUUCUUACGAAGAAUAAUAGACAAUCAACAUCAUUUAAUCCUAUAGCAAUCGGUGGACGAAAAGAUACAAUAGAAGGUGAAACAUAUUCAAGAAUACCUUUUUAUUUACAAGAAAAUAGUCUUACUCAAUCUAAUAGUCCAAUAACAACAAUAAAUCCAAUACGAUCAAGCAUCGAAACAUCUGAUAGUAUAUCAAUAAAUAAUCAAAGAAAAUUAUCUUCAAAAAAUAAUCAUUGUUAUCAAUCUGAUUUAUAUCUCAAUAGACAAACAAAAAAUUCUAUUAAAUUUUUGAAUCUGUAUUUAAAACAACAAAAAAGAAAUCGAUUUCGAUUAUUUAAAUUUCGACGAAAAAAAAUUUCAAAUCAUUUCAAUAAAAAUAAUAAUAAUAGUCAGAUCAUAAAUCAACAAUCUUCAAUAAUAACUAUUGACCAAAUUCUUCAUCGUCAAUGGAUACAAACAUUUAAACAAAAGUUAACAAAAAUCAAUACUAAAGAAUCUUCAUUGAAUAUAUCAGAAUGUCGAACGAUUGAGUCAUUCAGUACUCAAUCUAAACUAUAUUCAUCAUCGAUUAAUUGUGAACUGAAUGGACUUCUUCGACAUACUCAUGCAAAUAAUCAUGUUUCAUUUAGAAAUAAAAAUAUGCAAAUUCAAAAUCAAUUUUCUAAUUAUAAAUUAGAUGAAAAAUCUUGUUUUUGUUCGGAAUUUUCUUUGACAAAUAAUGCAAUAGACGACGAUAAUGAUUUUGUUAAUGAACGAAAAACAAUGAUUAAUGAGAAAAACUAUUUUUCUAAUAAUAAACAAUCAACAUCACCAUAUACUAUCAAUGAAAAUACUUUACGACAUUCACCUACUGGGAAAAAUAAACGAUUAUUAACAAAAGAUAUUAUGUCUGAAGCCGAACAUCUGAUAAAACAUUUACAUUUAUCACGUCAUACAGAUUACGAUUCUACAUCAACCGUUUUCAUUAAAUCUAUAUCAUCCCAUGAUAAUGAAACAUUUUUGAAGAGAUUUUCUAUACCAGAAGAUAUUUCUUCUAUUAAUCAACGUUUAUAUAUGAAUUUUACUGAAACAUGCCCAUUAUUUUUAUUAAAAGAAGGCAUUGAUCAUCGUUUUGAAUUUCUUGAUUUUGCUCCUGAUUUAUAUAUAAGACAAACAUUUCAUCCAAUAAGCCAAGAUGAAUUAAUAUCAAAUAAUACUGAAAUACAACUUGAUAUUACAAAUACUAUAUCACAAAAUAUACAUCAAACAUCAGAAAUCGAAUAUAAUCAACGUAAUUGUCGUUGUAAUUAUUUACUUGUUGAAAUCUAUCGUUUAUUAAUUAAAUUAUGGGAUCAAUCAUCAAAUAUUGAAAAAGUACUAUAUUAUUCAUUAGAAUUAGCACGUGUAGAAUUAACACGAACAAAUUAUUAUGAAUCAAAAAUAAUCUUAGAAAAUAUUCUUGAACGUUUAGAAAAACAACGAGAAUAUUUAAAUUUACCAUCAUUUUUCGAACCACAAAUUUAUGAUUUAUUAUCAGAAUCUGUUUAUCGAAUGCGUAAAAAUGAUGAAGCUUUUUUAUAUGUUGUUUAUGGUUUAAAAAUAUUAAAUGUUCAAUUAAUUGAUUUUCGUUCACGUGAUUCAUUAAAAUUAAAACUACAAUGUAAACAAUUACGUCAUACACUUAUACGAACACUUAUACAUCAAACAAUCUAUAAAAAAUUAUCUGAUGAUGAAAAAAUUCAACGAUAUUUUACAGGUAAAUUAUUAUUUCGUGCUGGACAAUGUGCAAGACGUCAUGGACAAUUAUUAUUUGCAUAUUUUUGUGUAUUAAAUGCAACAUUAUCAUUAAUUCAAUGUCAUUUUAUUUUAACAUCCUAUGAACAUUGUCAAUCAUUAACCUUACUUGCUGAAUUAUCACAUGAUCUUAAACGUAUGGAAGAUUGUGAUUUAUUUGUUCAAGCUAUUAUUAAAUAUAUUGAACCCUCAAUUCAUAUUGGUUAUGAAACAAUAGCUAUUAAAUCUUAUUGGUUAUCAAUGACAUGGAAUUUAUAUCGAGGAAAAAUUGAUCGAGCUUUAAAUGAUUCCUAUAAAAUAAAAGAUUUAUUAAAUAAAAUAGGUGCUUAUGAAAAUCUUAUGUCUGUUGCAACAUAUAGUUUACAAGCAGCAUUAAUUGGUAGAAGAGAAAGUGUUGUACGUGAUCUUUUUGAUAUUAUUGAUAAUGAAUCAAAUCGUCCAUUACAAUAUGAAAAUCGUUUAUGGUCAUUUAUAUUAACACUUGAAGCAUUUGUUGAAUUGAAUAUUUCCUAUGAUGAAAAUUUAUUAAAUGAAAUUGUUUUAGCUAUUAAUUAUGUUCUUGAACAUUUAGAAAAGAAAACUUCAACACCAGGAGAUAUACAUAAAUUUUUAACAAUUGUUUUUUAUGCACAAACAACUUUAGUAGAAUGUUAUACAAAAAUUGUUAAAUUAGAUCGAGCAAAUGAACAUUAUAUGCGUGCAAUAAAAUUUGGUAUGUCAUUAAAAGAAUGGACAUUUCGUGUUUGUAAUGGAAUGCUUAAAUUAGCAUUAUAUGAAAUUUAUGAAUGUACAAAAUGGUUAAUUGAAACUCGUUUAUUAAAAAUUCCAAAUGAAAUUCAACAACGUUUAAUUAUAUCACAUAUGCAUGAUAUAAGUAAACAUUUUAAAUUAUUACGACCACGUUAUUUAAUGUGUUUAGCAUUGAAAUUUUUAAUUAUUGGUAAUCAACGUUCAGCUAAAACACAAUUUGCUAAUGCUAUACGUUUAGCUAAUGAUCUUGAAUUAGAUUCUGAAAGACAACAUAUUGAAAUGAUAAGAAAACAAAUAUUUAAAAUAUUUCGAAAAAGAAAAAAAUCAUGA